AUUAUCAGAUUGAUUUCGCUACUUUAUUUAGCAUUUUAUUCAUUGUUUAUUAUUUUUAAGGAAUUCCAGAACUAUCAUGUCCUACGAUUUCUGCCGGUAAUGUAUAAACCAGAAGAAUAUGAGGAAAUCAUUGAAAUUUGCUUUCAAUCAAUCAAAUCACGCGCUACAGUUAUCAUUGGUUUUUGUGUUCAAUUCACCUUGUGCCAAAGAGUAACCUAAUUACAAUACAGUAGUAUCUUCACUUUUUGAUAUGAGUUUCAACUCUACUUUGGACUGUGGCUUUUAAGCAAGUUGAAUUUUAACAUCUAAUCUGCUAAAUGUGAUAAAUCACUCAAAAUCUCGAGAUAGAGAUGUUGUUUAAGGUGCCUUCAAAUCUACACUUAAUGCAUCGUUCAUUUUGUGGAGCCAAGUCCAUUGUCAAGGAAUCUUUCAAGGAUGCCCAGAGCUUGAUCUUAUUUAAUAAAUUAGAAACUCGUCAGUUGAUUGGCAACAGUUUUCUAGUCCAAGAAGAUUUCAUUACUCCUGAAGAAGAAGAGAGAUUAAUCAAAGAGAUCGAUCCACUGUUGAAGCGAUACAAAUAUGAUGACACUCAUAUUGACCAUGCAAUAAAACAAUACAAAGAAAUAGAAAGAUCUAAAUGGACGUCACCGAAUCAAGUCAUCAUUGACCGUAUAAGGACUGCAGUUUUUAGCUCUGGUGAAAAAAUAUUGGAUCCUGUACACGUUCUUGAUCUCUCUCCUAAUGGUUUCAUCAAACCUCAUUUAGACUCUGUUAGGUUUUGUGGACCAACAAUCGGGGGUGUGAGCCUUUUGUCGGAUUGUGUUAUGAGAUUUAUACACGAAAAAGAUCAAUCACUUGUCAUGGACGUUUGGCUAAAACGUCGUUCUCUUUAUAUUAUGAAGGAUACAGCACGAUAUUUAUUUAAACACGAGAUUCUUGGCUCUGAAAACUCAAUGUUUGGUAACACUGUAGUACCUCGAUCUCGGCGAGUCUCGAUCAUCUGUCGAUGUUUGCCAUAAUCUUCAUUGACCCUUAAAGGAAACGAUUCUCUAUCCGAUGAGGAUAGUUUAAGGCUCAGCAAAGCAAGACGACAUUAAAAUCAUUGGAUGAAAGUCAAUCAUUUAUUCAAAAAUUGUAUAUUUAAUGAAUAGAAAGUUCAUUUGUAAAGAUGUGAAAUUUUUGAAGUUACAGACAAUUUUCCGGAAUUCAAGAAAGAUAUUAAUCAUCACU